GGCACAUUCAAGUUGGUAACUUCAUUGGAGGCCCCCGUCACUCCCGAAUAAAGUCCAAUCAAAAUUGAGCGUGCAAGCUUCCCUUCAGAGCACCGCCCUCGCCAUCUGUCUUCCUGUGGAAUCCCUCGUCUAGUCUUGACAGUUCGGGGCUCUCGCAAGACUCUCAAAACACAAGUGAGAACUCCCCCCACAGAUUUCCGGAGAUCUCAGAAUGGAGCCAUUGUUCCACCGUGGUUUGAAUACCCUCAGGGUACCUGCUUCGCUUUUCGCCAAGAAUCGCCAGAGACUGAGCGACAGGAUGAGGGCUAAUCAGAAAUGCGUCAAGGCCAAGGCUCUCAUACUCCUGAAGGGAGGCGAGACCUCAUACCGUUACUGUACUGACAAAGAAGAUCUCUUCCGACAAGAAUCGUACUUCCAUUGGACAUUCGGUGUCGAAGAGCCGGACUGCCUCGGAAUCGUCGAGGUGGCAACUGCGAAAUCUACUCUUUUCGUGCCAAGAUUGCCAGAAUCCUAUGCGGUUUGGUGUGGGAAAAUUUGGAGCUUGGACGAAUUCAAGACAAAGUACGGAACCGACCAGGUCCUGUAUGUUGAUGAGAUCGCGGAUUUCCUCAAGAAACAAGGUCCCGAAAUGAUUUAUCUGUUGGAAGGGACGAACUCUGAUUCCGGACUCAAGACGGAGCCCGCAACGUUCGAUGGGAUCGAGAGCUACAAGAUCGACAAGGAAGUCCUGUAUCCCGAGAUCAGUGAAUUGCGCGUCAUCAAGACACCCGAGGAAAUCGAGGUGAUUCGAUAUGCCAAUCAGAUCAGUUCAGAAGCGCACAAGCUCGUUAUGCGUUCAAUCCGCCCGGGAAUGAAGGAGUACCAGCUCGAAUCCCUGUUUUUGCAUCACUGUUAUUCCGAGGGUGGGGCGCGCCAUGUAUGCUACACCUGCAUCGCUGGAACCGGGGUGAACAGCGCCAUACUACACUACGGCCACUCCGGUGCUCCCAAUUCCCGAACCCUCGAGGACGGCGAUAUGGCUCUCUUCGACAUGGGUUGCGAAUACCACUGUUAUUGCUCGGACAUCACUUGCUCCUUUCCGAUCAAUGGGAGAUUCAACCAACAACAGAAAUUGAUUUACAACGCGGUACUGGAUGCGAAUAGAGCGGUCAUGCAGGCUGCUAAACCAGGCGCCAAUUGGAAGGAUUUGCACAUCCUUGCUGAAACCGUUAUUCUCACGAGCUUGAAGGAGGGUGGUAUUUUGAAAGGCGAUGUCGACUCCAUGGUCAAAGCUCGUUUGGGUUAUUAUUUCAUGCCCCACGGUUUGGGACAUCUCAUGGGCUGCGAUGUCCACGACGUUGGAGGUUAUCUGAAAAGCUGUCCCGAGAGAUCCACGGAGCUGGGAUUGAAGUCUCUCAGGACCGCCAGAACUUUGCAGGAGAAUAUGGUCCUCACUGUGGAGCCAGGAUGCUACUUCAUCGAGUGCCUUCUGGACAAAGCCAUGAACGAUCCAGAACUCAAGCAAUUCCUCGUUGUCGACGAAUUGAACAAAUACAGAAAUUUCGGGGGAGUGAGAAUCGAGGACGAUGUCGUCAUCACAGCGGAUGGCUGCGAAAACCUCACGCAAGUUCCGAGAACUGUCGAUGAAAUCGAAAGGUGGAUGACGCCGAGAUGAUUUCUAGGCAUCAUCGGUCGCUUUUCGUAACAGAAUAUCAUAUUUUCGAUGAUUGACUUGACAUACUGUCAUAUUUGAGGAGGAAAUGUCUAUCGCCGUGCCAUAUCGCAGGGAUCGGGAGGAUCUCUCUGCUUUCGAGAGUGCGGUCCAAUAAAAGGUCAUGGAA